CUACACUUUUGACUUUAUAAUUCUUUUUUGGAUAACAGUGAACUCCACUUGAUUUUAAAAAAGAUGAUGGAAUGGCAUUUAAUUAAUGUGUAGUACCCAUAGAAAUUUUUUUCAAUGUAGUAUGAGUACUUUCAUUAAUUGAUUACAACAUCUUUUUUUGAUGAAAACACAGAGCUAUGAAAAACAAUUUUUUCAAUAUGAAGUACUUUUUUAUUAUUGUAAGGGAUGACAUGCCAUUUUAAACUUAAAAAAUAAUUGAAAAGUUAUAUCUUUUCUAUUUCCCUCCGGAUUAGUUCAAGUUGGUUAAUUAAGAGGAAAAUGAGCCAAAAUUUUUAAUGAAUGUUGGAUUUUAUUCUCUUUUGAACUCCGAUAUGAUUAUAUCGGAGAAAAACCACAACUAAUGGAACCGGAAAAAAGAAAAAAGGAACAUGGCCAUUUCUCUGAUAUGUGAUCGUUGGAGGGCUAUGGCUUCCACUGCUGUUCUUGCUCUGCUGCUCAUCUUUCAAUCUAUAAAGGCCAAUGAUUUCAAUAACCUUUGUCUCCUCUUCUCUUGCCCAUUUGGGUUGGGUUCUUUCCUUUCUGUUUCUUUGAUUUUCAUUUCUGUUCUUUGUUGGGUUACUUCAGAUUUUCUAAUGGCUGAAAAUGUGCGCUUAGAAGUGAAGUACACUAUGGAAGAGGAACCUGUAAAGCUUCUGGGAAUGAGACUUCCUCGUUUGGAUGUGAUUAUGAUUCUGGGUGGAAGCAGGCUCUUUCUGACGAUGGAUGGCCACUUCAAGUUUCUCCCCUGCAUUAUACCCAAAGGGUCUAGGGACGUGAGAGAGGGAGGAAAGAAGUGUGAAUGCGUGUACAAGGGAGGAAGAGAAGAUGCGUCGUGA